UUUCGUACCACAAAUCCGGAUGACAUCAUGUUUAACUUCAUCAUGGAAGAAACCGAUAGAGCUCAUGAAGCUUCAGCAAUCAUUAUUCAUACUUUUGAUGCCUUGGAGCCAGAUGUUUUGGAUGCUCUCUCAUCUAUGCUUCCCCAUGUAUACACCGUUGGCCCUCUUCAAUUGCAUCUCAAUCAGAUACCAGAACACCCUUUGAAAAUGGGAUACAGUCUAUGGAAAGAAGAAACUGAAUGCCUCGAGUGGCUAAACACCAAGGCACCAAACUCAGUUGUCUAUGUGAAUUUCGGCAGUAUAGCAGUCGUGACACCAGAACAGCUUGUGGAGUUUGGGUGGGGACUUGCAAAUAGCAAACUUCCAUUUUUUUGGGUAAUUAGACCUGAUCUUGUUAUUGGAGAAUCGGCUAUUUUGCCGCCAGAGUUUGUGGCUGAAACUAAGGAAAGAGGUCUAAUAGCUGGGUGGUGCCCACAAGAGCAAGUCCUUAACCACCCAUCAGUUGGAGGAUUUUUAACGCACAGCGGUUGGAAUUCAACAGUUGAGAGCAUUACUGCAGGAGUUCCUAUGCUCUGUUGGCCAUUCUUCGGAGACCAGCAAAUGGACUGUCGCUAUACUUGCAAUGAAUGGGGCAUUGGCAUGGAGAUUAGUAAUGAUGUGAAGAGGGAUGAGGUAGAGAAGCUUGUCAAAGAGUUAAUGGAGGGUGAGAAGGGUAAGAAGAUGAAAAAUAAGGUCAUGAAGUGGAAGAAACUUGCAGAAGAUGCUACUGGUCCACAUGGUUCUUCGUUCACAAACUUAGACAAUUUAGUGAAUCAAGUGCUAUUGAGAUAAAGUUAAAGAUGUUUCCAUAAGAAUAUUGAUGUUAGUUAUCAUUUCCGUAAGAAUGUUAGACAAUCUGUAACCUGUUACUAUAUGUAGAAUUUUAUUCUGAUUAAGGUUUCACUAUGCUUCAAGCCUUCAACUCUGAA